UCUGAAGCAUGAAUAAGACAUAAAACACGACAAAUGCAACUUUAAAACACACCUCAGGCUCUUUAAAUAACCCGUAUGAAUGAAAGCGCGUGCUGCUCUUUGCUGUUAGAUGUUCUAGAAUCUUCUGGAAGGCAAAUAAUCUGCAGUCACGUUUAGGGCAGAUAGUGCGCAUGCGCAGGAUAUUUCACGUGGAGUACAGAUUCCCCUUCAGUCUGUGUCACAUCAAGAAACCGGGGUGCUGCAUCUUCACGUCGACUCUGUCCUCUCACACGUCCAGACAUGGCCUUCAGAAAAUUCCUUCCCUUGUUCGACCGGGUGCUGGUGGAGCGCUUUACCGCAGAGACGGUGACGAAGGGGGGCAUCAUGCUGCCAGAGAAGGCUCAGAACAAAGUGCUGCAGGCCACAGUGGUGGCAGUCGGGCCUGGCGCUGUCAAUCAGGAUUUCUACAAUUGGCCGGAUGAGUCAUUUGAAGAGAUGGACAGCACCCUUGCUGUCCAACAGUACAUUCAGCAGAACAUUAGAUCAGAUUGCUCCAAUAUCGACAAAAUCCUGGAGCCUCCGGAGGGUCAGGACGAGGGGGUGUGGAAGUAUGAACACCUCAGGCAGUUCUGCCUGGAGCUCAACGGACUAGCUGUAAAACUGCAGAGCGAGUGUCAUCCAGACACCUGCACUCAGAUGACCGCCACAGAGCAGUGGAUCUUUUUAUGUGCUGCCCACAAGACCCCCAAAGAGUGCCCUGCCAUUGAUUACACCAGGCACACGCUGGACGGAGCUGCCUGUCUUCUCAAUAGCAACAAAUACUUCCCCAGCAGGGUGAGCAUCAAGGAGUCAUCAGUUGCCAAACUGGGCUCCGUCUGUCGUCGCAUCUAUAGGAUAUUCUCUCAUGCCUACUUCCAUCAUCGCCAGAUAUUCGACAAGUAUGAGAACGAAACGUUCCUAUGUCACCGGUUCACACGCUUCGUAAUGAAGUAUAACCUGAUGUCCAAGGACAACCUGAUCGUUCCCAUUCUGGAGGAGGAAGUGCAGAACACCUCGUCAGCUGGGGAGAGCGAGGCCUGAAGAUACUGCCUCCAUAGAGGGAGACACAUGUAAAACACACACAUGACAGAGGAGACACAUUCACACACAUGCAUACACACACUACAGUGUAUUAGGGCUCCUGUCUAGUAACACUGUCCAUGUCCCUCUACCCUUGUCACCUGUGUCUAUCUCAAAGGAAGUAAGGGGUAGCGGGAGCAGAGUUCAGCCAUGCCUGCAGGACAAGAUGAUGUUUUCUAUCCUCUCUGUUUUUUCAGAUUCAGUCUCUGGAUGCAGCCCCUGCUCUCACACUACUCCUUUAGGGGAAACCCCUUUUACCUUUAAUGUUCUUUAAGCAGCUGGAUUUGCAAAAAUGUAAUCAUGGUGACCUGUAUUGUUGACAAAGGCACACGCUGACAGCCUCCCCCUCCCUCUGUAUAUAACCCCCCCUCUCUUAAUUCACUAUCAUGUUUUCUGAUGGUGCUUCACUUUUUUGUGUCUGCUUCUGUUUCAAAUUUGCUUAUUGUGUUGACUACCAGCCUGUUUUCGAGGGGGUUGUCGUAUGAAAUGGAUCAAUAACUUAGCCUGCUGACUUAAAGGGAUAGUCUUUGAUGGGGAGUGGCACGUGGCACUUAACCAGUCAGAAUAUUACCUACAGUAGCUGUGAUCUGUCUUCACAGCCACCAGACUCCAUUGACAAAAACAGUCAUUUUACCUCGCAGAACACGGAAGUUGCUGGUCUACCACUGCCUGGAUCGGUUAAUUAGUUUGUGUAACUUUGGUGGUUUAAAGGUUAAGUUCGGAUUCACAAAAGUCGCACAACAACACAAACUAACUAACCGAUGGAAGCAGCGGGAGACCAGCAACGUCCGUGUGCUGCAAGAUAAAAUGAAUGUUUUUGUCAAUGGAGUCUGGUGGCAUUCAGUUCCCCGUCAGAAAGUAAAGCAUGGAACAUAUUAGACCUUCAUCUACUCCAGUUAAUACUCUGACUAUGGAUAAGUACCUCAUACCCCCCCGCUUUAAAAACAGUCUCCCUUAAUAAUGCUGUUGCAACACAACGUGUAGGUGUGUGGCUUGUAUGGUAGUGAACAAAGACAAACGUAAUCUCUAGCUUUGUAUGUGUACUAGCCGUCAGAUAUUCUUUCUCUUUGGCCUCUGAAACGAUGCUCAGAGUAUUUAGGAAGGCUUGUUGGCUAACUCUGAUCCUGCUUUGUGGCAUGCCCCCCCCAUUUUAAUACUGCACAAUGUGCCUGAUAUUCCACCUUCCUUGAGAUGAUUGACUUCAUGGGACUGUGCUGCUGUAAGCCAGUCUUCACUUCAGCAUUACGAGUAAACACAAGGACAGGAUGAAAUGUCGGCUACAUGUACGUGUCGGAGCACAACCUCCCUCUUUUACCCUCCCCCCUCAUUAAGUUAUUUUGUGGGAGGAGUCUUGUCAAUCCAAACCCACUUUAUUUUUUUUUAAUGGACUAAAACAUUUUGUUACUGUCGACAUUUUCAUGAUGUCUGUUAAUAAUAAAGACCUAUUAUUCAGGA